AUGAUUUUAUAUUAUUUUUUGAUUAUUAGAGAAGCAAAAAUCGAAUAACAACUCAGUAUCACCUUCAAUAGCUCCAAGAUUUAAAAGUCAAUAACAAUUAGAAAGAAAGAGAUCACAACCCUUUAGAACGAAAUUUCAAAUCAAUGCUUAGUUACAAUUAGCAAUAAUGGGGAAUCUGCAAAGAAUUCUAGAAAAAGAAAACUUUAUAUAAAAAUAGCUUGCAAAAUUUAAUAGUUAGUCCAAUUAUAGAAUGAAAAAAAUAAAGGAUAUAUGUAAAAUUCACGCCUAAUCUAUGGAGAAGAACAUUUCGGUUGUUUUUAUAGGAGCAGUAGAAGAUGUUAGAAAGGUCAAUAGCUUGCUAAUAAAAUAGGUAUUUUUUUUUGAU